AUGCCUUCCCUGGCGCAAAUUGUCUUCCUCCCUGCGAUUGCCGCUCGCGCGGUCGAGGGCGCAGCUCAAAUCAGUCCGAGGCUGAGCAGCAGCACUGCGAGUCUGCCGCAUAUCCUUACUGACAACAUGUGGCCCACGAUCACAGAGGCGCCUAGUCUUGGAGACUUGCGCAGGGAAGUUGCGUACGAGGGCAACUUCCUGUUCGCUCCGGACAGCAUGUGUGGUUAUGUCAGUGGCGACACAAAACGACCAUGGUCGUGCGAGACCAACGACAAGUGCGUGUUCGCGACACAUGAAGGCGGCUUUGUGGCAUGCUGCAAGGACGGGGAGUGUUCUCGCGCGCAGACGAGCUGCAUCGACGCUGCAACAUUUGGUGCCGGGCUCUGCGGCGAAGACUGUCAAUCGAACAGUUUAAUUUGUAAAUGUACCGCCAGCACUGGGCCUUACUGCGGCACUCUGACGUUCUUCAGUGGUAUCGUCGACUACGCGUGCCGGGCAAACAAGAACACCACCCUGCAGCAGAUGGAGACGACUUCGGUCGGUCAGGUAGAGGUCACGCCCCUGAGCAGUGUCUGGAUGGGUAUGACUGCUAUCAACGGCGGCAAGGACGCAACCACAAACAGCACAAGCAGCAGCAGCCGCAGCGAAUGGCUCUCCGCCUUGAGUCCUACCCAAAUCACCAGCUCUGCAUCUCCAUCGCAACCUUCAACAGGCGUUAUUGUGGGAGCUGUUGUUGGUGCUUUGGCAGCUGUGAUUCUUGCUGGCUUGGGAAUUUGGCUGUUCCUCCGCCGACGUCGAGAGAUGGAACAGCACCAAUAUCGGCACGCAGCAACCGAGUUACCAGGAGGCUCUGAGUCGACAGUUGUCGCAACUCCACCACAUGGCGGACCUAUGGCAGCUGCUCAGUUGGGAGGAUAUAUCUUUGAGAAGGCCAAGGUUGUCGAGGCACCGUCAGACUCAUCUUUGCCGGAUCGAGGCCCCAACUCUGCCUUGGACCAGACCAGGCAUGGACACGGAUACGGCCAUCUAUAG